CACUUUGCCAAGUACUAUGAAGAGCAAGAUUGAAAUAGGACUAAGUUGAGUCAUUCCUACCUGGCUUCCGAAGAGCCAUUCCGUGAGUAUGGACGCACACGCUCCUCCGCUAAUUGGGUUCGACGAAUUUCGGUACCGGCGCAAUGUCGCGUACACCAUGCUGAUAACAUGCCUGAUCGGAAGUUUGCUCUUUUUCGCUGGCGGAAUUUUCACGAUUCUUGGGGUUCCGGACCGGUUUCUGAAUCCACUGGUCAAUUGGCCCAACCUGUUCGGGGUCAUCUAUUUCGGAAUCAGUGCGGCGUGUGCCUAUGUGCAGUUUCAGCAUGAGGAAAGAACAGAAGGGGCUUCUCUCCAGGCGCAUCCGCCAGCAGCUCUGGGUGUAGUUUCUGUUCGGCAUGAAAACGAGCACGCUGAAGGGGUGGGCUUUUCAUCCCGUUAUUCAGCGCGUGGAUCAUCUUCCGAGUGUAAAAACAAGAGUCCCGAGUCCCAACCUUCACCGCAGGAUCUCACGAGGACACAGAUGCAACGACAUCAGCCAGUACGAGCAGCUGCCUUGGAAGUAGCGCAACCGUCAGAGUGCGGCAAAGGUCCUUCUAGCGCAACGAGGGGUACUAGUACUAGUACGGAGGGACAAUUAUCGGGUUGCUGGACCGAUCGCUAUUCCUCAGUGAUUGUAACGCGGUUUGGCCCGGACCGCGAUCCGCGAUCAGUGGCAUACGUGCACGACCCGCGGAUCACGGUGUGCUCUUCGACGCUUAGUAUUGGGACAGAAGGACGUGCUACCACGAUCCUGCGAGGACCUGAGCUGCUGGCUCGAGAUACCAGAAUAAGUCGAUAUAAUCCGAACAUCAGGCAAACGGCGUUGGACGUCGUGGAUAACCCUUUAAUAGUUGGCGAUCAUGUAGAAGUCCGGCCUCCGCGAACGUCAGCCUCGGAGCCGUUUAUUUUGGCAGGAACAGACAACGACCGUCGUUUGUGCGUUUCUGCUGUACUGGGUGCAGUUGCCCGGACCGGAGGUGGCCACUCGGACACUUCGCGCGUGUACCAGGCGCGCGUGCGGGCGAUGUGUCCACCGGAUGUUAUCGGUUCUGGCGAUUUUUUGCCAACCAACCUUUCGCAGGCCCGACAAAUAAUGCCAGCCGUUCCAGCAAGACUGAUGCCAGGCGUCGAAAAGGGCCCCGAGUGCAGCGUAAGCUUCCCGCAGGAAGUAGAACGGGGUGCUGCAGCUGCAGAGAAGGGUACUGCACCAGCAGCUUCUAGUACAUCGUCCAAGCAAGAAGUAGAGAACAAAACUGUGCGUGGCCGCGAUGUCGCAGGGUUUCUGAUGGACCUGACGGCUUUCAGGAAAUCACAGUGCCGAUGGCGAAGAAGUAGCAGCGAAACUGACGUCGAACUGCUCCGGCAGAUUCACUCUGUUAGGAGUGGUCGCGUUCUGCACCAAGGACCACAGGCGGGACAACAAGACGAUGGGGUACAGCAACUAGGAGGUACGCUGCAGGAGCCUUCGCGGCCUUGCCUCGACCAUUUCCAGGGCGUGUGUCGACAGCUCUCAGACAUAAAUGUAGCAACAACCGCCGCCGCGGGUGCCUGUGCUUCUACCCCGAUCGAAAAUGAUAUCACACGUGUUCUUGCGGGUUCAGCUACUAGUACAACAUCAUCUUCACCGUUUGACUUUCACCCGACAGAAAGAAUAUCGGCGCAGCACACCAGCGAGAUCCUGGACCCUCAACAUCAUUCUCAACCCGUCGCUCCGUUUGCUGCGACUGAAAUAAGCAGCAAAGGGAGAUACAAAGAAUCCAACACACUAAUUCACGCUUCUGUGGUGAUUCUGAAUUUGGGAAGCACUCUCUUUACUUUAGGAACGGUGGUCAUCGCAGUUCCCGCGGUCUCGGAAAAACCGCGAUGGGUCUUUCUCUACCUGAUUUUCUGGCCAUUCGUGAUCGGCAGUCUGUGCUUCGUCGUCUACGGGUUUCUGGAGCUGUUGAUCGUCAAAGACUUCUUCGGCAAGCAGGAGAAACUACGUGAAGAUGAAAAUGACGGCAACUACGUGACUGGUCUUGAUCGAGGUCAUUCGCAAAUAGUGCCCGCCGAAAGCGGUGGAGAGUCUGCGGCAAUAAAUGCAGAGGCGAGGUCCACGCCGAGAGAUUCUUCAAGACCACAGCGUCGGUUGGUGCUGAUUGAGACGUUGAUUGCGUGGAGCGACUUCGUAGGAGGGGUCUUUUUCUUUGUGGGCUCGGCCGGGAUGGAUGUUCGUUUCUUCUGCCAGGACGAAGACGAGAGUUACCUUACCAAGUGCACGGCUUUCUUCGCGCACGACAUUACGGGCGUCGCAUUCACGGUAGGUGCGUUCUGCUACGGGUUUUCGGCCAUGCUGGGAUUUCAACUCUGGACCAGCGAGCGGUUCGGUUGGGGUUUGUUUCUCGCUCUCAAUCGGCUUUUCACAUCUACUUCGGAGAAACUACCCGAACAUCAUGAAGAUGCGCGCAGCAGUAGCCACGAACGGCUGCUUUCUCGGGGCACAAUGACCUCCCUGUUUCUGUACGCCGUGGUGCUUGUGCUUGGACUCCUGAACUUGUGCUGCUUCGUCGCAAUCGGGGUUGGGGAGAUGGAGAGUAACCGCGCGAUCCAAGUUUCGCAACUGGCCUAUCAGUGCUUGCUCCUCUUGUUUGCCCAUUUGCUCUUGGUGCUGCACAGUGAUAUGACGAAGUUGCCGACCCAACAGCCGUACCGCUUCAUUGUGAUGAGCAUGCGUGCAUCCUUUGGACUUUGCUCAUGCAUCGAGCUCUACACAUUUUCGAUGCAUCUCCGCAAUGCUGGAUUGAUUUUUGUUGCGAUUCCGCAAAAUUUCCGUCUUCAUAAACAUUGGCAGCACGACAGUUCGAAUGUGAGUUUUGAUGUUAACUCACUUGCUCCUGGCAUAUUCGGAACUUGGUCGACGGACGCAUGCGAACGAAUUCGCGUUCUUGCGAAUCUAGUCCGUCACUCUCGCAGAAAACCGAUCGAGUAAAAGUGUUCUGGAGUUUUUCGUUCUGGAAGUAUCAAAAGUUGGU